CAGAAGUGAGUCACUAGCAAGUUUAACCUCCCAUUACCUCCAUGGCUUCACCCGCCACCACCUCCGCCAGUUUCACAGCCAACGCCGCUGCUACCCACUUCCAGACUCACUGGUGUCACGAGUGCGACAUGAGCGUCCUCCUCUGUCCUUCGACCUCUUCCCCUGUGGUACGCUGCCCUCAUUGCAGCUCCGACAUCCUUGAGCAAAUGGACUCUCUCGACCCUUCUCCGCUGCCCAAUCUCGGUUCCAUCCCUAGUCUCGCUCCCUUACUUGUCGAUCAUAGCACAGCUCUCAUCCCCUCGGACGAUAACUUCCUCCUCGACAGCCCUUCUCUCAACCGUCUCAUCCACCGUAUGGCCACCACCAACGACGCCUUCACCUCCACCAACCGCCACCACAACCCGACCUCGAAGUCCGCUUUACAAUCCCUAAAAGUCAUACAAAUCGGCGCUUCAAUUUUGGAAAAGGACCCGAUUUUAGCCUGUCCAAUCUGUAAGGAGGAGUUUCUGUUAAACUUGGAAGUGAAACUGUUGCCCUGUAAACACAUGUACCAUUCCGAUUGCAUUUUGCCGUGGCUAGAGAUUAAUAACUCAUGCCCUGUAUGUCGGUUCCUGCUUCCUUCACGUGAAGAUGAGGACUUUGAGGUUGACAAUUUUCCUAGAGGAGACAAUUUUAUAGGAUCAAUGAGACUGGAAGAAUUGAUGAAUGAUGAUGCGGAAGAGUUUUUUCGUUUUCAAAGUACUAUAAGACGUAUUUUACAUGUGAAUGAGGUCUCCACAAUGAGUGGAGGCCGGGAUGAAGCUAUUAUACAUAUUGAACGGAUGCCUCAUGCUAUUAUGGAGGGUGAUGGCGCGAGUGAAAUCUGUCUGCUUUCUCCUACACAGAUUGGGGGUGCUGAUCUUGAGGUCGGGGUUGCUAGGGGGGCUGCCAGCCUGGAGACUGUUUCGAGUUUUCCUUGCUCACCUGGAGAUGAUGCCUAUGAAGGUGAAGUUGAUUUUAGUAGUAGUACAUGUAGUAGGCUGGACGAAGGAGUUGCUGUACUCAGGUCUUGAAGUGAAUCCACUAAGAAGGUGCACUUCCUACUAAGAAAAUAAAGAUGGAUUAUGGAUGACUUGUGCUGCUAUUAGGAGUAAUGUGAGAAGGAAUAAAAGUUCACCCUGCAGAACCAGUGACGAACCCUGCGUUUAGUACAGGGGUCCAUGUUUGUAAAGAUUAUAUUACAAUAAAACAUAACAUCUGCUGCUGGUUUGUGAACCCUUGCUUCGGAGUCUUUUAAGCUGUAGCUGACUUGUGCAUAAUGCUGUGGUCUGGUGAAAUUGCGCAGAAUUGCUUAUAUGAUAAAUAAAUUCUUCCCAUGUUUUUAGUUUUCACUUUAUGAAAACCAGGGAAAAUGGCAUAAAAGAAUUACUCCGUAGCAACUUGUAGCCACCUUAAAUGGGGCCUUUUUGAGCUGCUCUGUUAAAUCUGAUUUAAUUUGAGAUUCAAA